AUGGUCGAUUAUUCCCCUCCUCCAAGGUUACGACUACACAUCCGUCAGCAGCCCAUUGCAACUAGGGCAUGCUCAGCGGGCGAAAAGGAUCGUCGUACCAUCGAUCCCCCGCCAAUCUUACAACUACUGAUGACCGACUUCAGACCAGACUCAAGGACCGACUUGGCAACAUUGCAGAAUCCGCGGCUUUCAGUAGCUUGUCUGCUAUAUUCUGUGGGAAAGCCAGGACCAGAUGGAAAAGAAGUGCUUGUCCACAGCUCUCAAGUGGUAGAAACUACUAGAAGGCACCGGCGUGAUGAUGGUAGAGCUCACAAUACUUACCGGAUCGACUCGAGAACUGCCCAUCACAUUAACGAGCAGUCCGACCCUUCAGAUCAACGUCCUGUGCAGAUACUAUCAGGAAGGACAUAUGUAUCCCCUUUCUACACGCCAUACGAUCCCGAUCCGGAGACUGCACCAUAUCAAUAUCAGCAUCAAUACCACACAAUAAAACCCCCUCCAACAAUAUUUUUCGUCUUUGCAGACCUCUCCGUCCGUACAGCAGGAUUAUAUCGCCUGAAGUUCCGUCUACUAGACUGGGGUCUUGCACAAGAAACCGGCAGACCGUCCCCCAUCUUGGCCGAAAUCUUUUCCGACCAGUUUAGAGUGUACUCUUCCAAGGAUUUUCCCGGUAUGAGAGCCUCGUCUGCUCUGACAUGGAAUUUGAGGAAGAUGGGGAUGACGGAAUUGAAGCCGAGGGACGGCAAGGGGAAGGGUGUAGCGAAGAAGGAGAAGAGGAGAGGUGAGGAUGAUAUGUAA